GAAGGCUCAGUUUCGUCCGAGACAGCAUUCAAGUUGGUCAUGUUUAGAAGAGCCCCCGUAAUGUGAUUGCUAUUCAUUACUAUCAAUCAGUUUGAUAAGUAUAUACCAUAAUCUAGUGCUAGUGAGUUAAAAAAAAACAGUCGUGACAGAAAAGAGCGAUUCGAAUACGCUGUGAAUCGAAAAUUGAUUAUCGGUCAAUCGAAUAUCAGGCAAAGUAAUUCAUCAGCCUACUGCGUUUCAAAUGAUGUGAACACAUAAAAAGUAGGUAUCACGAGUGUGUGAGUGUAUACCCUCCGUACGCAUACACAAACCAAAUCGAAAGUGUUCCCCAACUGUGGUGGUUCCUGGUGUGUAAAGUGCUUGCAUCGUCAUCAUUUGGUCGUCGAACGUGGACCAGAGUGCCUCGCGAGCGUGUCGCACGUUUGCUCAGUUUUGAACAGAGCCUUUUUUAACAGCAGCAGCGAGAGUGGGAGAGAAAGAGAGUGUGUGUCAAAAAGAGAUUAAAGUGAUUCUCGGAAGGCAGAAAAAAGUCGAAGAAGAGAUUGAAGACCUCAGCAUAAAACUGGUUCGUUACGCGCGCACUCAAUUUUUCGUGUUUCAUCAACCUUUCGCUUCGCGGCAUUCGGAGUAGGCUCGACGAGUGCGGUGCCGUUCCGUGAGUUGAAUGUGUUCGUGCCUGCUGGUGAUUGAGAUUUUUUAUGGUGUUAUUAAAUUGGGGUUGCCGCGCUGAGAGAUUGUUUUGCUUCGCGAUGAAUGUAAAGAAAUGAAGAGAAACGGAAAUUUGGUUUUAUAAUAGGCAAAAUUAAGUGGAUGUGAAGAAGUAAUAAGUGGAAUACGGUCAGUGCCCAUUUUUGGAUUACUCAUGGUUGGAUUACGCAAAUACUUGGAUUAUUGAGGAUUAUACUAAAUGGUUCGUCAGCCGACUGCUGCCAGAAGGUACAUAAUUGAAAUGGCUGGUGAAAUGACCAAAACAGGGAAGACCACGACGGUGGUCAGUGGACCGGAGUCGCCCUACAAACCGAGCAAAGUUCUGCUCAGUUCGGUCAAUCCUUACAUUACGUGUAAUCUGUGCAAAGGUUACUUGAUCGAUGCAACCACUAUCGUCGAGUGUCUACAUUCAUUUUGUCAUAGCUGCAUCAUGAAGCACUUGCGAACGGAGCAGUACUGUCCACAGUGUGAGAUGAUGAUAAACAAAGCGAAACCGAACAUCAAACCGGACGCCACCCUGCAGUCCAUCGUGUACAAACUGGUGCCGGGGUUGUACGAGAAGGAACUACUCCGGAAGCGGGCCUUCUAUCGUCAACACCCGGAUAAGGCUGCCCUGACGACUCCGGAGCAACGUGGGGAAGAUACCGAGCAUCUCAUCUUCGGGCCCAGCGACAUGUUUUCGCUCACGCUGGAGUACGCCGACAAGGAACUUGCCGGAGACAACGAAGAGCUUCUGAAGCCGAAAAUUCUCAAAUGCCCGGCUGUUUUCACGAUUGCCAACCUGAAAAAGUUCAUCGCCAACAAGUACAACAUUCCGAUGCAUCUCUUCUACGUGGAAAUCAUGUACAAAGUGCAAACAAUUACGCUGCCCGAUCACUACACCCUGAUGGAUGUGGCCUACAUCUACACGUGGAAGAAGGAUGCCCACAUGCGAUUUUUCUACCGCAUCCGGACGCACGAGAUGAAAUCGGUGGAGCUGCCGGAGGUUCCCCUGAGGCGCUCGCCAAGCAUCUCAACUGGCCGCAGCAGCACUUCGCUAACGACCAUCAAAGAGGAGGAAUCCGACUGCAAGGAAAGCUUAGACCUCAUCAAACCGAGUGACAUUAAACGUGAGGAACCGAGCUUGGUGGAAUGUGAUAACAAAGGUAGUGAAACCACAAAUACCACGAUCACUACCACCAUGACUGCUCCUGCCACUUUGCCUCCUCCCUUGGUCGUGGCAAUUCCAGCGCCGAACAAACCAAUGUCGCCUCCGAAAACAACGGCUUCGAAAAUCGUCGCUGCCCCCGUUCGGUAUAGUGUGAGUGAGCCCAUGCUGGAUGUGAAACCCAAUGUGGCCACGCUCGGAAGACAACAGCCGCAUCAACAGCAGCAGCAACAACAACAAGUGGAAAGCAGCGAACAGCCCAAAGUGAAGAAGAAUGAAUCGAUAAAGUUGAAAAUAGAAAUGAACAAAAACACUUAUGUCAGUAUCCUGCAAAGCCCUCAGCCGGAUACUGUCAGCAAGCAUCACAAGUCGGACAAAGGGGAAAAGGUGAAGAAGAAGAAAUCGGAGGACAAGGACAAGAGUGUCAAUAAGAUUAAAUCAUCCAGUGAUCUCAAGAUUAAGAUAGAAAAAGUGAAAGAUGGACUAGUCAGUGGCAAGAGUAGCAAAAAGGCUCCGUACAAGGUGGAACUCAGUGGACUCAGUGAUGUGAAGAACAAUAACCAUAAAAGUGCCGAUAAUGAGUACGACAGUAAAAAAGCGAAGAAAGAAGCGAAGCUUCUGGAUAAAAGUGCGAAAAAAGUGAAAUCACCCAAACGGAGCUUGGAUUUGGAAAAAGUGCAACCAUCCAUAGUGCUGAAAAUUGACCAAAAAAGUCCGGAACUGUCGACAUCUACGCUGAAAAUGGUACCCUUACCUUUGGCGUCUUCUUCACCGAAACACAAAACCGAUGUUACGAUAGAGGAUGAAAAAUCUCAGUUCCUGAAUUCGUUCGAUCUCACGCCAAUCAAGUCAGUUCAGAGUAAUAAAUCAGGAUCCCCAGCAAGUUCCCCGGGAUCAAACUCUUCUUCGCCACCGAGCUCAUCCAGCGGAGAUACCAAGCAUGGUAAGCGAAAAAACAAAGAUGCACCUGCUGGGCGUAGCGUUCUCAAGAAACCAAAACUGUCUGACGAUGAGAUGAAGGCACUGGUUGAGAGGACGGUGCAGCAAACCAAGUCUACAUCGGAACACAUGGCAUCGCUAUCCACUCCUGUCAAGACUGUGAAAAAAGAGCUGGAAAGUCCCCCCACUCAACAUUCAGCCCCAAAACCUUUGCCAGUGAAGAAUGAAAUGUCGGUCAAGGAUGUUCCUAAGACAGAAAACAAACCAAGACCGGCUGAAAUCAAACCUCCAUUAGUAUUUCCUCCUCCGGUGGUGUCCGCCAACAACAUUCCUGCGCCAAAACCUGCUCAACCUGUGAUGAUUGCUCCAAAACCCUCUGUUGACGCCCUUUCAAAGCGGCCUGCAGUGCCUUCCUUCCCUAAACCAAUGCAACCGAUGAAAAAACUACCUCCACUCCUACCAAAGGACCUCGAAUACAUAAAGAACAACAAGCAGAAACAGUUGGAAAUGAAACGGCCUCACCUCAAUCUGAACAUAUCUCCCAACAAAGACACGGAAAUUAGUCAAAUCAAGCCGGAAGAUGCUAAGAAAAACAUCAAAGUGUAUGGUCCCCCUUCGGACAAUGAUAACUUUGCCAUACCAGCUGCAGUGCCAUCGGUGUCGAAGCCAAAGCCUAACAAGAAUCGACCCAUGAAUUUCCUAAACUAUGCCUUGCACAACACCAAUAAAGCCCCGGCUGGCUCCCGAACACCAAUUCCUUCCUAUUCCAACUCACCGAGCUACUCGCCGGAUUCACCUCAGUACAACCCGAACUUCAACAUUUCAACAAAACAGUACAAGUACACCAACCCUCUUGCGUAUGCUAAUUUCGUACAAAACAUGCUCAACGAUCGCAAGAACAGCAACGUUUCACCUCCGUCCGUACAGGAAAAGAAAUCCGAACAGCAAAACGAGAGGAAACGGCCUUGUCCUAGUCCAGAAAACAAGCAAGAGCCCCCGGAAAAACAACCGAAAGUUCAGUCACUUCUAAAUCAAAUCAAUAUCCCUUCCUCCCUGUCCAUCACCUUGGCUACGGAAGAGGAUGAAGCCGCGCGGGAAAAGGCACGGAAGAGUCUACCGGAAGAGGAUAAAAACUACAUCGAAAUCUUGAAGCUGCCGGAAAUUUCGAUAACGGAAACCGACCGAACAACGCCACCCAAAACACAAGAAAACGCUCAGAAGAAACCUGUCAAAAGUUUGAGCCCGGUCAAAUCCGACACUCUGAAAGCGUUAACCGAUGCGAGAAAAUCCAGUGAGUUGGAUAAAUCCUCAUUCCAGGAUUCGUUCAUCCAAUCGAUUAAAGGCAAAGUGGAAAAACAGCGACCCAACAAGGCUGGCAACAAGCCAGAGAAGCAACCCUCACCGGGAUUUUCCCCUCCAACAUCAGUGCCGAACAACAACGCAUUCAAGCUCCCAAAUGCAACCGUUCUCAGCAAUGGAAUUGUGAAGCUUAACUCGUACCCUGAACUGGAUCUCAUCAACAAGAACACUGGUAACCAAACCCCACGACCCCUGCCAUCCCCACCAAAAUCAAUCACCUCCAAACAUGUUCCAAUCGCUCCAAAGCCAACCGGAACAUUCUUCCCUCCAACCGGAAUGCCUUCCAUGCCUUCACCAGCGCAUCAACGCAAGAGCAUGUCACCCCCGGUGCCAAAACCAUCCCACUCCCCAGUGCAACCCAAGUCGAAGACCCCUCCAAUUGUGUCCUCAACAUCUCCAUCGCACGCAGCGCUUGCUUCGAUGGGCCCAAUGUUCGGACUACAGAUAAAACCGGAAGCAUCUGGCUAUCAUCCGGCCAAAAAAUCCGAACCUAAACCGAAGAAGUCCUCGCAGAAAUCUCCCAAGCCAAACCCUCUGGACCUCACGGCUCCACCAAUGCCUACUCCGAUGGUGGACAAAUCCAAGGAGGCCGCCAUGAACAUGCUCAUGAUGAACAACAACCUCAACAACCUUAGCAACGCACAAAAGUUUCUAAUGGCCAACUACAACAACGGAAUGAUGGUCCCACAGAUGGCAGCCAACCCGCUCAUAAAUCAGAUGCUGCAGGCCUCUCUUUAUCUGCAGCAGUGGAACCGAAUGGCCCACCAGCAGCAGGCCAACAACGAUUCCAUGGACAAAUGAAACAUGCUCUCACCAACAUCACAGCCUCCCGCUCGGAAAACCAUUGUGAUAGACAUUCCCUAGCCAGCCAAAGUCCAAAGUACGCCGAACAGCACGCGGUCGUCAACGGAACAGUGGCAGUCAAUCUUGAACCCAUUAUUUAUUGGAUUAUUAAGACGGGACGAGUAGUUCGAAAAUUGAAAUCUCACGCUGCCGGUUCGCCACCACCGCCAAAAGAGAAACAUCCAAAAGCAAACACCGCGAGCAGACACAAACACACAUACAUCAGUAUACGCUUAAAACAGCUUAAAAACAGAAACUUUUCCUCUAUACAUACCGUAACAUUCAAUGUUUUUGUAAUCGUAUUAAUAUGUGUUAGUGCGUAAGACCAACUCAGAGUAUAGGAUACAGCUGUUUGUGUGAAACGAGAUACCGCUUCAAUCGAGUCAGGCUAAAAGCCUCCGCAUGGAAAUUGUAAGCAAAUCGAGAAAAAAAGCAAGAGUUCGUUUAUUACUGUUUCACGAAGAAAAUCGUUCACACGUGAGAAGGAGCUAGUAUCGUUAAUGCGGAGAGCUGAUUCUCAAUGUUUCGCCCCAUGCUCCAUACAAAAACCCUCUCUAAAGUGAAUAAACAUUUGGGGCUCAUAGGCAUCAAUCUUUGUUUACAUUCGAAAGCGAGACAAAAACAAAUCGUCAGAUAUGGAAAAAAGAGCCAGUCAAGCUCAGGCUUGAACAUUGUGGCAGUGCUUUCUUCUUGUUCAUGUUUUCUUUGGGAUGAAUUGCUGGUUGACAUUGAGGUCUUCGUCGAGAAACUGCACUGAGCCUGAGGCUGCUAGGAGUUAUUCUAUGAAAAGCGAGAAAAAAGUAGAGUGGAAAAAAGUUUUAUGUAACGUAAACAUGUAGAACCGGCGCUUUGAGGAUCCCUCUGUUGGUUCGCAAGUAAAUUUGUAAUAUAGUCGAAACUGUACAUAGAUCACUUAAGUCUGUUAACUCUGGUAUUAUGUUGUAUUUAUUUUUGUUUUUAUUUUGUUGCUCAAGUCAAAUGAUAAUUAAAAUCAGAUAUCCUAGGCCAGUUCCAGUAACUAUGUGUAAAAAAAUGUAAGAUAUCGUUUGUGUAAAAAUCCUAUUAGGCUAUGUAAUAAAAACUCAGAAAUAUAUUACAGUACAUCAUUAAAAUAA